UCCAGCUGUUUACCCGGAGUCUUUGCCUGCAUGCGAGCGAGUGCCGUCACUAAAUGGUGCAGCAAGGCAGCGCGCGUGCUACCGCGGUGCGCGUGAUGUUACAAGUGAAUCAAAGCUAGCUGUGUGUGUGUGUGUGUGUGUGUGGGCACGAGAGCCAGCGGUCACAGCAUAAUUAAUACUCACCAGAACAAUAUCACUCACUCAGCCGAUGUAGCCGCAGCAGGAUCGGAUAAAAAAGUCUGAGCGGAAAACGGCGACGAACGGAGGCCAGACCGGGAACAGUAGCGCCUAUGACCGCCUCCCUGGUGCUGAACCCUCGCUGGCCAGCGGAAACGGUGAUGUUCGUGUAUGACAACAACCUGGACGACCUGAACAAGAACAUGGAGGGGCUGGUGGGGAGCGGAAACUUCGCUACAGCGGCAAGCCAGUGCCGCAACAUCAUGGCGCACUCCGCGGCCGCGGCGGCUCUGGGCGGACACCCAUCCGGCUUGAUGCAUUCCUCCGCUGGCUACCCCACAGUGGACGUGUCCGCCUCGGGAUCCGGUGAGACCGGCGCGUCUUCGGGGAAGCAGUGCGCGGCCGGACCGUGCCCUCCGCACCAGAGCUCCUCCGCCGCCACUCCGUUACCUUACAGCUAUUUUGGUAACGGUUACUACCCGUGCAGGAUGGGGCGGGGUUCUCUCAAGUCCUGCACUCAGGCGGCCGGAGCCGCGCUCAGCUCGCAGUACAUGGACACGACAGUGAACUCUGACGAGUACCCGAACCACCGCGCCAAGGAGUUCGCCUUUUAUCACGGCUAUCCGAACCCGUAUCAGUCCAUGGCCAGCUACCUGGACGUGUCGGUGGUCCAAACACUCGGCACCGGGGAGCCCCGCCACGACACCCUGCUCCCCAUGGACAGCUACCAGCCAUGGGCUCUGACCAACGGCUGGGGGGGACAGAUGUACUGUCCCAAGGACCAGGGACAGGCUGGACACCUGUGGAAGUCCGCACUAGCUGAUGUGGUGGCUCACCAGCACGACGGCUCGCCUUUCCGCCGCGGCAGGAAGAAGCGGAUCCCGUACACCAAGGUCCAACUGAAGGAGCUGGAGAAAGAGUACGCCGCCAACAAGUUCAUCACAAAGGACAAGAGGAGGAAGAUCUCCGCGGCCACAAACCUGUCCGAGCGGCAGAUCACCAUCUGGUUCCAGAACCGCAGGGUGAAGGAGAAGAAGUUCGUGGCCAAAGUGAAGCCCAGCGCGCAGUAGACACGAGUUUGGCUGCACGUGUCUGCGAUACGCAGCACAUUCAAACUGAACUGAGAGAAAAAAAAAACAACAACAUCAAGAAAAUAAAAUUGAGGAAAAAAUAAAAGACAUUCGACUGUGGACGACUGUGCGCACCACUGUGCGGAAAACAUAGAAGAAGAGGGAAAACCGAUAAAGAAACAAGGACAACAUGAGGUUAAAGUAAAUAAUCAAAGUCCUCUGCAUGAACCUUUCAAAGUCAGAGGCUUCCUGUAAAUACAGCAUCCUCCUGCCUGCAUUCAUCUGUCUGUUUUACUGUUUGUCAGUGUUGUGCGUGACCAGUAUAGCCAUUAGAUAAAGAAACACACACUAUGAUGCUGUCCAUAUUGUUUAUAACGCUUGUAAACCAGUAAUCGUAAAUAAAUAUUUUAAUCCCCGUGUAUUAGGUCGUACAUAUUUACAUGGAUUUGUUGAAAGCUGUGGUCCAGAUACGUGCAUGCAGGAAUUCUGAUCCAGAGUGUUUACGAGAGCGCGAGUUCGUGUUUGGAUCGCGGCCUCCGUGUGGAAACGUCACCGCAACAACACGAUCAAUGACCUGCGUAUCAUUUUCACGCGUCUGGACAGAGCCGUGAGAACCAUCCGCCAUGGAUGACACUGACCGAAUAUUCCAAUUAUUUACUUCACUGAAAAGAAAUGAUGAAAUGAUUCCGUUCCUUGUUUGUGUUUGAAGCGGAUUCCCUCCUAAUAAUAUAAUAUAUGACACAAUGACAUGCACAGACAGGACAUCUACCACCAUCAUAACACGCACUUUAACAAUGCAUUUAAAAUCAUUUUCUAUCGUGUUCUUCCGGUGGUGCUUAUACAAAGGUUCACGGCAAUAUUGAAGUGAUCUACACCACAGGCUGGUGGCUGCAUUUGAAAAUAGUCCACAUUAUAAAGAAUGAACAAUGAGCAGAAAUGAUCACGAGCGACACAAGGACAAAUAUUCACUGUACUGAAAAUAAACAGCAUAUAGCUUUAAA